GCGCUCGUGUGAUGUGUUUGUGUAUCCUCAGUGGUUUUCUCUCUUGCGUGUUUCAUUGAGUGUAAACAGAGUCUUGUCUCUGUGUAUUUUAUUGUUGAGUUGAUGAGAUGAGCUGUGCUGUAAAUCAGUAUGAACUGAUCUGUCCAUGCUGGAUAUAUUGAUGAUUUCAUCACAGAAAUCUCUCAGCUGAAGAAAGAGGUGGCGUUACUGGAGACAAAGCUGAGGUCAAGAGGAGAUUUAGCAAUGAAUCGAGAGGAUGUGGAUUGUUGUGAAUCUUCAGUGUAUGUGACUGAUGAUGGGAGUCUGGAUUCAGUGUGGAUGAGCAGAGAUCAGAGCCGCACACCACAGCCACUGCUGGACUCUAAACUCUCUGAAGAGAAAUCCAGACACACACAGGACUCCGCUCUCAGUCUGACUUUACUCUGUUAUACUGAGUCAAAGCCCACAGACACUCAGGACACUACAGUGUGUGACAGUAAACAGAGCUUACAGGAGGAUCAAACCUCCACAGAGUCUCUGGAUUCUGUCUGUAAUGCUGGAGAACAGCAGCAGAUCCUGCAGACCACACUGAAGAUGUGUUCAGUUAAACCCAUCGACUGCACGAACCUCAUGAUGAUUAAAACUGAACCCACAGAAAUCAAAACUGAACCCACAGAAAUCAAAACUGAACCCACAGAAAUCAAAACUGAACCCACAGAAAUCAAAACUGAACCCACAGAAAUCAAAACUGAACCCACAGAAGAGGAAGAUCGCACUGAGGAAGAUGAUGAUUUUAUUCCAUCAGAUGUGAAGAGUGAUUCAUGUUUGAAUAUAGAAAUAACGUCCUCAACAUCAAAAGAGCGACUGACAGCACAAACUCUUUCCUGCAUCACCUGUGGAAAGACAUUCAGCUCACAGAGACAUUUAGAGAGACAUGAGAGAAAACACACAGAACAGAAACUCUUCACCAGAUCUGAGAUCAGCUUUACUACCUUACAAGAGAAUAAACUUCAUUCAGAAGAGCACAGAGAGAAGAAGAAGAAGAAGCAGUUUCACUGUGAGCAGUGUGGGAGGAUUUGUGUCUCUUCCUCUAAACUAAAUGUUCACAUGAGGACACACAGUGGUGAAAAGCCUUUCAACUGCACUGAAUGUGGAAAAUACUUCAGAACCAAAGACAAUCUUAAAGUUCAUCAGAGAGUUCAUACUGGAGAAAAACCUUACGAGUGUCCUCAAUGUGAGAAGAGAUUUAGCUCUAAACGUGUUUUGAAGACACAUGUGCUUUUACACACCAAUGAGAGACCGUAUCAGUGCAGUGAAUGUGACAAAACCUUUAGGGAUUCAGGUUCAUUAAAAAAACACCAGAAUAUUCACUUUAAAGAGAAACUCUAUCAGUGUUCACACUGUGAUAAACGUUUCUGCCAUAACUAUAAGCUGAUGGUCCAUCUGAGAGUUCACACUGGAGAAAAACCUUAUCACUCUAGUGUCUGUGGGAAGAGUUUUAGUCUAAAGGAUACCUUACUAAGUCACAAGAGAAUUCAUACAGGUGAAAAACCUUACAAAUGCUCUCAGUGUGACAAGACGUUUACUUAUUUGUCUAACUUAAAAGCUCAUCAGAGAGUUCAUACUGGAGAGAAACCUCAUCACUGUGGUGCCUGUGGGAAGAGUUUCAGUCAACAGACUUCAUUACUAAAGCACAAGAGAAUUCAUACAGGUGAAAAAACGUUCAAAUGCUCUCAGUGUGACAAGACAUUUACUUAUUCGUCUAACUUAAAAGCCCAUCAGAGAGUUCAUGCUGGAGAGAAACCUCAUCACUGUAGUGUCUGUGGAAAGAGCUUCUCUAGGUCAACUCAAUUAAGAGAUCAUCAAACAGUUCAUACUGGAGAGAAACUUCAUCACUGUAGUGUCUGUGGAAAGAGCUUCUCUAGGUCAUCUCAAUUAAGGGAUCAUCAGAGAGUUCAUACUGGAGAGAAACCUCAUCACUGUAGUCUCUGUGGAAAGAGCUUUUCUAGGUCAUCUCAAUUAAGAGUUCAUCAAAGUGUUCAUACUGGAGAGAAACCUUAUCACUGUAGUGUCUGUCGGAAGAGUUUUACUGUAAAGGGUAACUUACUAUGUCACAUGAGAAUUCAUACAGGUGAAAAACCUUUCAAAUGCUCUCAGUGUGACAAGACGUUUGCUUAUUCAGGUCACUUCAAAGCCCAUCAGAGAGUUCAUACUGGAGAGAAACCUUAUUACUGUGUCUGUGGGAAGAGCUUCUCUAAUUCAUCUAAAUUAAGAGAUCAUCAAACAGUUCAUACUGGAGAGAAACCUCAUCACUGUAGUCUCUGUGGGAAGAGUUUUAGUAACCAGUCAAACUUACUAAGUCACAAGAGAAUUCAUACUGGUGAAAAACCUUACAAAUGCUCUCAGUGUGACAAGGCGUUUGCUUCUUCAAGUCACUUCAAAGCCCAUCAGAGAGUUCACGCUGGACAGAACCUUUAACUCUUUCCCCGCCAGCGUUUAAAAAAAAAAGUUGCCAGCCAGCGCCAGCAUUUUUCAUGAUUUUCACCAAAGUUUAAUGUCUUCCAGAAAACAUACAAUAUAUCAAAUAAAGAAAUAGACCCUCUGUUUUCAAACAAAAAAAGACGUUUCAUCCUACCUUCAUUGAUUCUCUUUUAUCACCUGUCAAAUAUGGAUAGGUUUCUUGAAAAACACCAAGGACUUUUGAUGGAGAUCCGAUUCAGAACGAUCCUCAAAAACAUACACGGACAUACAGCUGUUUGCACUAGGGCAAUACUUCUGAGUUGUAUAAGUUGCAGCAGAGCACCACCUGGUGGAUAAUAGGGUUAUUUUGGAAAGCUGGAAUUACUUGUCAUUGGCAGGGAAGCGUUUUUUUCACUACAGCAAUGGUGAAAAACCGGAACGUGGAUAAUAGACUGAGGAGACAAGCAUCUAAAUCGCUAACAUAAAUCGUCAGUGUCGUUGCUCGAGGCAGAAGACAUUUCUCAACUUUUCAAGCAGCAAUGCGUGCGUCAGCCAAUCAGAUUGCCUUAUGCAAAUAACCUAGGCAGAGCCAGCCAAUUACAUUUAUGGAAGACCGGAGCAUGUGUUGCGGCGACUGUGAUUGGCUGUUGGCCACGCUUCAGACAAGCCUUCCAUCAAGCGUUAACGCUUUCACCUCGUGUGAAUGGACAGUUAGGAUGUAAGUAAACUUAUAUGAAUGCAGGUGAAGGCGGCAAUGUGAUAAACAUUGCAUCUACUUUGACGUAGGACGUAUGAUGUUAUAUGGCAGUGUAGUAGCUGUGUCCCAUUUCUUAGGGGAAUAUUUUUAACCCUUCCCCUUUUCACACUGUUUUAAGAGACAAGGCUAGUGGGUGGGAGUGGCUCAGUGGUUCAUGUAGGUUGUCUACAAAUCGGAAGGUUGGUGGUUCAAUCCCCGGCUCCACGUAACCAAGUGUCGAGGUGUCCUUGAGCAAGACACCUAACGCCAGCUGCUCCCGACGAGCUGGAUGGCGCCUUCCAUGGCUGACAUUGCCGUUGGUGUAUGAAUGUGUGAGUGAAUGGGUGAAUGUGAGGCAAAUUGUAAAGCGCUUUGGAUGGCCAUUGGUCUAUGAAAGCGCUAUAUAAAUGCAGUCCAUUUACCAUUUAAGAGGCAAGGCUAAGGGUUAAGGCGUAUAUAAAAUAGAAUUGGAAUUUGGCCUAAUAAUCUAUGGGGGGUUAUCCGUGUAUGGCGGUUAAAAUGUGUAAAUAAUAAACAUCCGAACGAACAGCUAAUCAAAUGUCUUGAACUUUCAGCACCUAGCAGCGUGUUUUUGUUUAGUAUAAGAUUAUGAAGGAGCAUGUGACGCCCCAUUCUAUGAUGGUGAGUGAUCUCAGCUUCAGAGUGGAUAUUUUAAAAGCUCCCUGAUCUCUACAUUCCUCAUUGUGAUUGUUAAUGUGCAUUUAAAAACUCUGUUUUGAGGAGCUAAACUAUAUAUUUUGUUGCGAUGACCCGCAGGAAUUUUUGUUUAUUAUAAGCUCUGUAACAACUGAGCCAGAUCAGACACACAAUAACUUCUUGUAUUUCAUAAAUAUAACUGCAGACCCUCAUCCAACAAGCAGGUCCGUAACACUACCCCCAAAACUGCUUUUAACACUUCAAAGCAGAACAGAUCUCUCGUGACUAUGGCAACACAUCAAGAUUACGAGUUUUACAACCACAAAAGAAUGUGGGAGAUUUUGGGACAGACAAAGAAACUUUCUAUUUAGUCAUGCAUGUAUUCACUUAUAAAUGUAUAAGGGAAAUGUCUUAAUCAACUACUUCUAAUCUCAUCAUGGA